CUAGUCUCAUCAUACAUCCCUGUGGCACUGUGUGCUGAGACAAUAUUUUCCAUCAAAGCCCUGUCCCUGUACCUUGUGAAGAGAAGAGGGGAAGCAGGGGGCUGGCGAACACUACGCAGAACCCCCUGUCAACACCAGGAAGAAGGAGCCAUGAACGCCCUCCGGGACGGCAUGUUUUUAGGAGGAGGGAACACAUGGAGGAAAGAACUCACCAACGUCACCAUGGCAGCCUUCAUGCUUCCCGUGCAGCGCCUCAAUGAGAUCACCCCUCUGGUUCUGCUGGAGUUCCACCCUGAGGUGGAGGCUGACACUGUGGACUGGCUCCUGGGGAAGAUCCUUACACCCGAGCCCCUGGGGGGACUAGACCUGCUGGCCAGAGUGAUCAGCCGGACCAGGGCUGGGGGUGCCAUCAUGGUGGUUGGGGGCCACCCCAGAGCGUCUGCUCCUGGAGGCUGACGAGGACCUUCUGUUCAGACACAAGCCCUGCUGCCCUAUAGGAGGUCAGGCGCGGGAGGUGGGGGACCUGGGGGGGACACGCCCCACGGAGGGGGUCUAUGGGAUGCUGUCAUCGGCUGAGUGUGUGACCCUGGUGCAGAGGAUCCUGGCCAGGCUGAGAGUGGGGGAGUGGGAGGAAAUCCAGGUGUUCCAGAGGAUUCCCCUCCUCCCAGGAGAACCAGUGAUGGCCAGUAUGUCCCGCUUCGGAGUCCUAACUAACACCUACCCCCUACAUGAAGCCCCACUGCUUCAGAGCCUCCAGGGGAGGUGGAGGGUUGGCUGGUGUGGUCUCAAACCCUUCAGCCAGAGAGAGCAUCGGCAGCUACUGGAGGAUAUCAGGGCUUAUUUCGGGGAGGCGGUGGCCCUCUACUUUGGGUUUGAGAGUUCGAUGGUCAGUGCUCUCCUCCUGAAAUCCACCAUGUCCAUGUUUCUCUAUUUCUACCCCCUCAGGCUGGGGAACAACCUGGUCUUUUUCACCCUCUCCAGUGUGGUGUGGUCAGAGCUGUUCCUGCAGGGCUGGGGGAAGAGGAGCAAAGCCCUGGAGAGGGACUGGGGGACUGUGGUCACUCAUCAGUCACACAGUCACUCAUCAACAGCAGCAGCGGUGCCCAGGGUGCCACAGGGCACAGCACCACCACAGCCCCAGAUCGAUGCCCACCCUUUUGGAAAGAUGAGUUGGAGGAGACUGCAACACUCCUUUACCUUCCUAACCUGCACCCUCUGCCUCUCCUCCAUCCUGAUCCUGAUGUAUUUACACCUAGAUGGACUAGUGGGGGACAUCCUCCUGAGAGAAGAGCUCAGUUUCAUCUUUCACCACAUCCUUGUCUACCUCCCUGAAAUCGCCCUCACGGUUGCCAUGGCAGGGAUGGACUGUGUUGCAUUCCAACUGUCCCAAGGCCUCAGCCCUGAUCCUGAGCCGCCAGGGCAACAGUCACCAUGGCAACAGCCCCUGAUCCCUGAGGUUAUCCUCUCCUGCCUCUUCAACCACUUUUCCGUCCACUUCUACAGGGCUCUGGUCCUGAAUGACCUCAUCCAUGGUGCGCUUCCACCUGUCUGUGCAGCUGGCUACCCACCUGGGCCUCAAGCUGCUCUCCGCCACGCUGUUGCCCCGCCUGAGGAGGAUGAGGACGCCCCCUGCCCGCGCCCACCAGGAACAUCAGUCUCCCAUCCUUAGACAAAUCACAGAACAGAGCAACAGACCACCGUGUGACACCCAGACCUGGAGCUACCUGGAGCUCCUCAUCUCCUACUGCCACGUCAUGUUCUUCUCAGGCAUCUACCCCCAGUGUGCCCUCUGGUGCCUGUUGACCAUCAUAGCUACAUCCUGCAUGGACUUGUGGCACCUGUGUUCAGGAGCGCGCCGCCCCUUCCCCAGAACAUCCCCCAGGGGUUAACGUUUUGUGGCAGCGGGUCUUCGGGGGCUUUGAGGCCCUGGCUGUCCUGCUCAACUCCCUCCUGCUGUGGUCCUCUCUGGAGUUCAGGCUUCUCUUCCUGAGCUACACUGGGUGGGAGAUGCUCAGGGCCUUCCUCCUGCUGCAGCUGUUGCUGCUGAGCCUGAGGUAGGCGGUCACCUUCCUACUCCUCCACCUGGCCUGGGCUGUUGGCAGAAAGGCAGAGCAGCCUGAGAUUCGCCAACCCCGCCUCCAUAGGCUCCAUCGCCACCACCAACAGCAGCAGCACUCUCACAUACUGUAGAGAUGCAGCAGCCAAUCAGCUUCAGGCU